UCCCCAUGGUUACGGCUCCUGCUUCCCGCCGGUCCUCUUCCCUGGCUGUCGCCGGCGGAAGCAAGCGCAGAGGCGGCUGGCGUUCCUCGCCCGAGUUCUGGAAGCUGCGUGCUGAGAAUCGCGCUGCAUGUCUGCCGUCCUGGCUCUGACUCACGUCCCCGGCUGCAGUCCUGCAAUCUGUUGAUAACUCUGCCAGCGAGCGGGGCGCACGGGCCCCGGGAAUGGAGACCUGCUCCCCUGCACGGCGAGCUCGCGGUGGCUUCUCGGCAACAGGCACUGUGCUGUUGCCCCUCCAGCUGUUUUUGCCAAAAUAGGUGGGUGCAGCCUCUCCACCCUCACCUGCCCCACCAGAGUCGCCCUGAGGCCCGUAGCCUGGGGCUUGACCCUGUGGCGGCUGUUUGGGACCUUGACCUUCUGGACGGCCAUGGAGGCUGGCGGGGAGAAAGGCGCGACAUAGUUGGCUAACGGGGACACCAUCUGCAUCCGGGGCGCCCACCCUUCAGUGACUUCACGUGCUCAUGGAUUUGAAGAGUGUCCUCUCCCUGCCCCAGCACCCAGGGGAGUUCCUGCACCCCGUGGUGUACGCCUGCACGGCCGUCAUGCUGCUCUGCCUCCUCGCCUCCGUCAUCACCUACCUCAUGCACCAGAGCGCCAUCCGGAUCAGCCGCAAGGGCAGGCACACGCUCCUGAACUUCUGCCUGCACGCAGCCCUGACCUUCACCGUGUUCGCCGGGGGCAUCAACCGCACCAAGUACCCCAUCCUGUGCCAGGCGGUGGGCAUCGUGCUGCAUUACUGCACACUCUCCACCAUGCUGUGGAUCGCCGUGACUGCCAGGAACAUCUACAAGCAGGUGACCAAGAAGGUCCCACCCUGCCCAGGCCCAGACCAGCCACCGUACUCCCAGCAGCCCCUGCUCAGGUUCUACCUCGUCAGUGGAGGGGUUCCUUUCAUCAUCUGCGGAGUCACGGCCGCCACGAACAUCAGGAAUUACGGGACGGAGGGCGAGGAGUCGGCAUACUGCUGGAUGGCCUGGGAGCCCAGCCUGGGCGCGUUCUACGGGCCGGCGGCCUUCAUCGCCCUGGUCACCUGCGUGUACUUCCUGGGCACCUACGUCCAGCUGCGGCGUCACCCGGAGCGCCGGUACGAGCUCAGGGAGCGGACGGACGAGCAGCACCGGUUGACGGGGCUGGAGGCCGGCCACAGCCCCAGGGCCCCCCCAGGCAUGGCGCCCACCUGUGCCUCCCUGGCCGCCUCGCUGCUGCAGAACGAGCACUCGCUCAAGGCCCAGCUGCGGGCCACCGCCUUCACGCUCUUCCUGUUCACGGCCACGUGGACCUUCGGGGCCCUGGCCGUGUCACAGGGCCACUUCCUGGACAUGGUCUUCAGCUGCCUGUACGGCGCCUUCUGCGUGACGUUGGGGCUCUUCGUGCUCAUCCACCACUGCGCCAAGCGGGACGACGUGUGGCACUGCUGGUGGUCGUGCUGCCCUUCCCGCCGGGACACCCAGGCCUCGGGGCUCAGUGCCCACCACACGCUCGACGCCAAUGGGGACGCACUGGGGCACGCCACCUGCCUGCAGGACUCGCCUUGUGUUGGCAAGCCACGGGGUUUUGGGCACCCGCCGGCCAGCCACUGCAAGAUGACCAACCUGCAGGCCUCCCAGAGCCACGUCAGCUGCCUGUCGCCGGCCACGCCCUGCUGUGCCAAAAUGCACUGUGAGCAGCUGAUGGAGGACAUGGCCCAUGUCCACCUGCAUGAGGAGGACGCGUUUGGGCACGACCUGCACCUGCACCGGUGCCUCCAGGGCAGAACUAAGCCUCGCUACUUCAGCCGGCACAGGGCGGCCGCGGCCGAGCAGGAGUACGCCUACCACAUCCCGUCCAGCCUGGACGGCAGCCCCCACAGCUCACGCACAGACAGCCCCGCCAGCUCGCUCGAGGGCCCGGUGGGGAGGCACACGCUGGCCUGCUGCGCCCAGGGCGACCCCUUCCCCUUGGUCAGCCAGCCCGAGAGUGGCAACGUCAGCCCCACACUCUACGGCUGCACCCCACGGCCCGGCAGGGAGGCAGGCCGUGGCCCCGCCCACUUUGAGAUGCUCCAGAGGACACAGUCCCUGCCCUUUGGGGGCCCUGGCCAGAACGGGUUGCUCAAGGGCGACGUGUGCGAAGCCGUGCCUUACGGUGCCGACAGCACAGGCAACAUCCGAACGGGGCCCUGGAAGAAUGAGACGACUGUGUAGCCGCCGUGCCACCCACCCCGGGCGAGCGUCAGAGCAGAGCAGGGACCCUCUCCCCCGUGAGGCCGGCAGGGUCACCAAGUGACAGAGCCGCUCAGAAGCGACUGGCACCCCCGCUGACCUCUGGUUAUGAAGGACUCAAGUGGGAAGACGCUUUGGGCCACAUUGCCUCCCCGAACCCCCAGGUCAGACAAGUUGUCGUGCCCACAGUCACCCCUCGUGGACCCGAAGCGCCCGUCCCCGGGCAGCCCAGCCAUGCAGCAGGCAGAGGAACCGGCCUCCGUGUGGGGGCCUGCCCGCCUGUGAUGGCCACGGCAGGAGGCACACUGAUCUUUCUCGUGUUCAAUGUGUGUGUUCAGUCUUGUUCCAGGGGCGGGCAGCCUGCUGGCCAGCCCAGUGCACUCUGAACCUGGGCCCCACGUCUGAGCCGACGCCCAUGCCAUCUCCACCUCAGCCCCCACCCUGAAUGCAGCCCCAGCCCCGCAGGCUGAGGGCCUCACAGACGCGGGGCACCCAGCUGUGCUCUGGGAGCACGUGGCCUUCAGGGGGGUGGAGGGGGCCCCACGGCUCUGCAAAAGCCCAACUGUCCUUUAACAAAUAUUCCAUUUCCUAAGCCAGCCGCUGUCAGGACUAGAUCCCGCCCCAACAUGGGAAUUUGGGAAAAAUAAAGUUCCCUGCCCCGCAAAGAGAAGGAGCUGGCAUUUCCAUGAACGUCUGGGCACAAAGCCCUGACUCAGAGGACAGAAGUGCCCCAUCCCAUGGCUGGGGUCAGUGGGUCCUCACAGGGGCAGAAGCCUGGAUGCCCAGAAGGAUGUGACGUGCGUGUGAGGCCGUGCACAACCGUCCCUCCCUUCCUCCCCUUGGAACUGUGACAUGUAUACACACACACACACACACACACACACCUGUGUGUGUGCGCCACACAUGUACAUGCCACGUGUGUGCAUCACAUGUUCACCCACCCGUGCACAGUACACUAUCCCUGUGCGCACAUCACCACCAACAUGCACAUGGCACAUCGCGCACAGGCAGGGUAGUCAGGUGACCAGUGGUCUGCUCGGCUGUCAUGGUGCGACUCGCCCGUGUGCUCUGCGGUCUAGGCGGGAGGAUGUCCCCCGGAGCGGCUCCUUCCUUCGCACCCACUGGGAGAGACGAGGAGUGUGUCAGGUGCCCCAGGUCCCACGCUCAGUAUCUGAGCGCGAGGAGCCUCACUUCCCGGGAUUCCUGACAGUGAAGCUGUAGCUUACCACAGUGUCCGUACCUGCCACCAACCCCGUGCGUCUCACAGGCCCACCAGACAGGCAACCAGAUGACCUCCGGGCGGCUCCUGUCUCCAUCACUGUCUGCCUGUUCACCUGCUUCUGUUGCUGACAUGAACCGAGACCCGACGCUGUGCUGUGUACACACUGUAGAUGCAGAACCGUCAGGCAAAAUACAGUGUUUCACAUUGUUCGCCCUUCGUGAGGCUGGUUACUGGCAUCCACGUGCGUCUCUGACCCUGGAGGAGGGCGGCCCACCGGCCUGCAAGGCCUUGUCUGUGCCCUGGUGCUUGGGGCAGGGCCGUUCUUCCCUGGCCCGCCCCUGUGGGGACCCAGCAUCCCUCCCACCUCAGCAGCCCUGGCAGAACAGAGAGCAUCUCAUCAUCUAAACCAACGAUGCUCAGCACUAAAUAAACCUCGAGGGCUUCAGGAUGGACACGGCCUCCUGAGCCCAGGGGGGAGCCGUGUUGUGACAUGGCCCACUGGCACGUGCUGUUUCCGGAGCACAGAAGGGCACCGCACGCUGCAGUCAGGCGCUCCGUGUGGAGUGAGCUUCCACAAGGGUGUGAAUGUGCUUACAUGUGUGCUGUAUGUUUGUACCUUGGAUAGCUGUGCACAUGUGUGAGUUCAUGUAGGUGUGUGUGCAUUAGUGAGUGGGUGUGGUGCCGGAGUUGUAUUGCGUGUAUGCAGUAAGAGUGCAUGUGUGUGCAUGCUACAUGAGAGUGUGCAUGUGUGUAUAUGAGUGUGUGUGCUUGUGUACAUGAGAUGAGUGUGCAUGCGUGUGUGUGCUCUUCAGAGAGUUAAAAAGUCAAAGCGGAGUGCUCUGGCCAUUCGGGGGCACGUGGAGCAGGAAGGGGCAUAAGAGGCGCAUCCCUCAGCCAUGACCCACGCUGCUGCGUCCAUCUCAGCAAAAGGAUGACCAACAACCAUGGGGGUUGGUGACAGGAUGAGUCUGUGGCCAGGAGGGAGGGGUGCUGGAUGGGACUGUGGACAUGCAGGCACAUGUGACAGAAAGAACCACCUGAGGGACAGUCCUCCAAGGGCGCCAGGCAGCAGCCCCGCCAGGCUGUGGAUCCAAAGGCGUUGCCUGAUGUCACAGAGGUCACACAGCAGUUCGAGGACCAGAAACCCCUGCGCACUGACGGGGAAGGUGCAGCAAAGGGGGCCUGUCCAGAGCCCCUCUGGGUAACGGCACCCACAGUCCUCCACCAUCCCUGCUGCCUUCACACCCACCAGCUGGCAGGUGUCAGCCUUGUGGUGUCCUGCCCAUGGCUUCCCUCACCUGGGGUGUCCCAGGGAACCGCCGGCCGCUGCCAUGUCCCCACGGUCCCCAGGGUGGAACGCAUCCAGGGUAACAUCGUAAAUUUAUUCCAUCUCAAACUGCAUAAAUGUCGACACUGUCUCUGCACCAGCAGCAGAUGACUCCUCUCAUAGCUCCAGCCACACCCACGUGGUGACUUUGGGGGCCAGCCCUGGCUACCAGAGGGUCCCCACUUCCUGUGGUCGGGGGUUCAAGCAUCAACUGGACUGGGGACCCAUGUCCACGGUGACCUCACCCCUCACCCCUGCAGGAGCCCCCGAGUCCUGCAGAAGCACCAGGGGUCCCCAGGGAAGGCCUUGUGAGCCCGGCCAGAGCUCUGGCUCCCGGGCAGCAGCAGGUCAGUGGGCUACUGUCCUGUGUUCCCAUCUCUAACUGACUGCACCCAAAGACCUUGAUCAUGUAAAAUG